AGUAUGAGCAUGCGCAGAAAUACAACGGAAGUUGGGGAUGCUGAAUCUCCCUAGAAUACAGGUAGGCGGAGCUAUUGCCCUUAUGCAAGAUGGAAGACGCUAGCACAUGGAAUGAGGAAAGUAGCGGCUCCAGCAGCAAUGAGGGAGAGGAAGACAUGGAAAUGGAAGAGAAGAUUCCAGGGGGAGAAGAAGAGAAAGGGAAGGCUCAAGGAAGAGGGGUCUAUGUGCCCGGGCAGGGUCCUCCCCCAGCGUCUGGAGAAGAAUUGGUAAUGGAUGAAGGAGCAUACCGGCUAUACCACCGUGCAGGAACAGGUGCUCCUUGCUUGAGUUUUGACAUCUUGCAAGAUUCUCUUGGCGACAAUCGAACCACCUACCCAUUGAGUAUUCUCCUUUGUGCUGGAACCCAGGCUGAAACUGCCAACGCCAACAGAUUGAUGGUUAUGAAAAUGCACAACCUCCACGGGACCAAACAAGCCAGGAAGGAAGGUUUGGGGUCAGAGAGCAGCAGUGACAGUGAAGAUGAUGACGAAGAUGAAGAGAAGAAACCCCAGCUGGAACUGGCCAUGAUCCCCCAUUAUGGGGGCAUUAACAGAGUUCAGGUGACAGAAUUCGGUGGGUCACAGAUUGCAGCUGUUUGGUCUGAGAAAGGUCAGGUGGAACUAUACAACCUACAAGAUGCCCUAGUUGCUGUGUCAGACUCUCAAAUGAUGGCUUACUUCCUGCGAGAACAGCAGGCUAAAAUCAAACCCAUCUUCUCCUUUGCUGGGCAUAUGACAGAAGGGUUUGCCAUGGACUGGUCCCCCAAGAAACCAGGUACUCUUCUAACUGGAGACUGCAACAAAAAUAUCCAUUUGUGGACACCUAAGGAGGAUGGCUCGUGGUUUGUAGAUCAGCGGCCUUUCACUGCCCACACUUCGUCAGUGGAAGACUUGCAGUGGUCUCCGAAUGAAGCCACAGUUUUUGCAUCAUGCUCUGCGGAUGCCUCCAUCAAGAUCUGGGAUAUAAGGGCAGCCCCCGGGCAAGCUUGCAUGCUGACCACCAGCCAGGCACACAACGCAGAUGUCAAUGUAAUCAGCUGGAACCGAAAUGAGCCCUUUAUUGUUAGUGGUGGUGAUGAUGGAGCCCUAAAAAUAUGGGACCUGCGGCAGUUCAAGAAUGGUUUGCCUGUUGCCACCUUCAAGCAGCACACGGCCCCCAUCACCUCUGUUGAAUGGCACCCUACGGACAGUGGCGUGUUUGCGGCAUCUGGUGCCGAUGACCAGGUGACUCAGUGGGACUUGGCUGUGGAGCGAGACAACACAGAUGAGGGUGAGGACCCUGUUUUGGCCUCCAUCCCACCCCAGUUGCUGUUUGUUCACCAAGGAGAGAAUGACAUUAAGGAGCUGCACUGGCAUCCCCAGUGCCCUGGCAUCCUCGUCACCACGGCACUGUCUGGCUUCAACAUCUUUCGAACGAUCAGUGUCUGAGAGGAGAGGCUUUCAAAAUGGCAGCUUCUUGUCCCCUGAUAACUUCAGACUGGCUUUCUUCAGAUGACCCUUCCGCGGUGCCUAUUUCAAGAUGGAGAUCAUCCUGUGGACUCGAAACUUUUCAAAACGGCUUCUUUUGUGGGCUGAAUUAAUUCAUUUAGGAAAGGAAGUCUCCACAGCUACCCUCACCUAAGCUGGCAACGAGGAUCCUCUGCUUUUCUGUCUUCCAGUGACAGAAUUAGCUGUGUGUCAAUUUUAAACAGUUCUCUCAUUCUGUGCCAAAACAGCUUCCUCAAGUGGAGGGAAGAUCCAUUUGGCUGAAUCCCUCCAAACAUAAGUUCCUCUACAAAGAACAAGCUAGAACAGGAAGAUUUGCAUUUAAUCAAAUAAAUUAUUUGCAAUUGG